AUGACCUUCAAAGGUACCGUCGCUGUGGAGGAGGCUGUGAUCGACCCAGCAACAACAUGGAUUCUAAGUGAAUCUCAGCACAUCCUGACUCCAGGUGAUGGAGGCGAUGCCGCAACGGAAUCCCACAAGAAGCGCUUGCUGGACAUCGAUGGACGCCUGGCUUCUAUGGAUGCUGAAGGUGUAGAGUACAUGCUGCUCUCAUUGACCGCACCUGGCUGCCAGGGAAUCGCGGACCAGAAGCUGUCAGAGCAAACUGCCACUGGAUUCAACAACUGGCUUGCUGGGGAAGUCGCCAAGAGGCCCUCUCGCUUUGGCGGAAUGGCAGCUGUCUCAAUGCACGAUCCCGUCCAGGCAGCCGGAGAAUUGAAAAGAGCGGUUCAGGAAUUAGGGUUCUUUGGAGGGCUGAUAAACGAUUUCCAAAGCACGAAGUCAGCAGAGAAGCAACUAUACUAUGAUAGCGCAGCCUACGACCCGUUUUGGAAAAUGGCGGAGGAGCUCGACGUGCCAAUUUACUUGCAUCCUCGCUAUCCAGAGCUCGCUGAUCUUCAGCCCAACACCAAAUAUGGAUCCCGUCUACACUUACUUGGCGCGGGCGUUCAGUUCCAUUUGGAUCUGUCUUUCCACAUUUAUGCUCUGUGCGCGUCCGGCGUUUUUGACCGCUUCCCUCGCCUGAAGGUUGUUGCCGGGCACCUCGGUGAAAAUAUUCCAUUCAACCUCUGGCGAGCCUCGCACUGGUAUAACAAGCCCACCAAGAAGGCCACUCGGCCUUCGCUCCAUGAUUACAGCUACUAUUUCCACAACAAUGUCUUCAUCACGACAUCUGGCAACUUUUCGACUCCUGGAUUAGAAUACUGCAUCAAGGAGCUCGGAGUCGAGAGAUGCUUGUACUCGAUAGAUACACCAUAUGAUCAAGUCAAGGAAGCCCAGGAAUGGUGGCGCACAGUGGAAUUGAAAGAUAAUCAGAAGGAAUUGGUGGGCAGAGAGAACGCGAUUCGUCUGUUCAAGCUGCCGAUUGAGAUCUAA